AUGAGACAGCAAGUUUCUCCCUUUCAGCCCCUUCUUGUCCACUUUUCAGAAAGGUCGACUGGCCGUGGUCGAUUCCCAUCACUGGCAGUUCAGGAAGACCGAAAUAGUAAAAAAGGAAACGGAAAUCGAAAGGCGAGGAUACUUAUUGCGAUUGGGCUGAUUCUUCCAAUAGUUGCUGGAAUUAUAGGUGUCGUAGCGUGGGCAGUGAACGCUGAUACGGUGUUGGGGAGAAAUAGGGUCAACACACCCUUUAGGCCUACUCAGAUUAAUGGUGGAAACACUGGAAUCGGGCUGAGGCCGACCAAUCCAUUUUUGGAAAAUACAUUGGAGAGUGGGUUUGGACCAAAUCCCGUUCUGACUGGAACCAUAGACGAGUUGCCCACUGCUAAUUUGGAAGGUGAUAAUAUGACGGUUCUAACAAGAGACUUUUCCAACAAUAUCCAUAGUAAAGAGGUUACAUCUAAUAGUACUAGCCAGCAAAAACAGGAUGACCCAACGAUGGAAGAAACUUCUGUUGAAAGUCCAGUUGUGGAUGAAGAAUCAUCAACAACACUGGUGAUGAAUGAUGACCCUGACGCCAGUGGAUUAGUCACAGGGCUUAUUGAAGCCUCCGGGAACAGAGACAAGAAUUCAACUCGGGCUAUAGAUUUUACGCCUUCGUCUACAGUUAUGAAAAAUACCACGACCAAGAAAACCACCCCACAGCUAACAGAAAACCAGAAUGACAUUGUUCAGUUUGAUGAUGACGUAGAUGAUGUAACGCUUGUCAAGACAUCAGCAUUGAACGAACUGGAAGUUUUGGAGGCUUCCACAUUAGAAAAUAAUCAAAAGUCUUCCACCCAAACUUUGGGCCCUAAUAGGUCAGGAGAACAUCCCUUUGUACCUGCUGAACAAUCAAAAGCACACAAUGAUAAUGGCCACUCUGGAGGAUCACAGUAUAGUUAUGGGGGAUAUGCUCCUCCACCGCCUUCUCCACCACCACCACCUCCUCCUCCUCCUGUUCCUUUCCAUUAUCCACCCCCUGCACCAAGCUAUUCAUCUAAUAACUAUGGCUAUCAGGCUCCAGUUCCUUCUUACUAUCCUCCUGAACCCCCGAAGUUGGAUCACAACAGUCAUAGUAGCUACGGGGGUGGAUAUCAUGAGAGUGGUUACGGGGAUGACUAUCAUGAAAGUGGCUAUGAUAGAGGCUAUGACGACCAUGCUCCCUCAAAGGGAUUAUCAGUUCACAUAGGAGGAGGAGGAGGCAGUCAUGGAGGAUAUAGUCCGAUUGGAUCUCUUACCAGCCUUCUUCUCCCCAGUCUGGGAAGGCCUAAAUCCAACCUAAAAGGGCGAAUGGUGUUUGGGGUGGUGCUGGACAAAGGUGUACAGUUAGGAGAUGAUAAGGGACACGGUGGUGCUUAUAAUGGAUAAAUUUCGAAGUCACAUUACGGGUGAUAUUUCAUGGCUAUUAGUUUGUUCUUCAGCACACAUACCACUUUAGUGCUCUUUCCUAGAACGCAUGCGUAGGAUCUACAAUGGCGAAUUCUUUUUUAUUA